UUUGAUUUGAAUCAUGAAAAUGCGCUCAGCGGAGCUUUAACUUGCUGGAGAAACUUAGUUAAAUAAACAAACAUUAUAAUCAAUCACAAAAUAGAUGUCACUUUUUUUUAAGCAUAGGUUUCUCGUUGUUGUCUGUCAAUAACUUUAGAUUUUUUUAUCCUUUGAAUAUAAUCGUCUUUGGGUAGUGUUAUCGUACAGAUAUUGACCGAUAAGAUAAACCUUCCUUUCUGUUGCGCUCCCACGCACUGUCAAGUUAAUUAAUUAUUGCUAUUAAAAGCUUGAAAUUUUAAAUGCAAGCCAUUCGUAUUGCAAAAUUUGGUUCCCCCAGCGUACUGCAGCUACAAACCACAGCUAUUCCAAAGGUUUCUUGUUCAAAGGUAUUAGUAAAGAUCAAGUCAGCUGGCGUCAACCCUGUUGACACUUAUAUACGUGAAGGCAAGUUUCUAACUCUUCCUAGUUUACCAUUUACACCUGGAAAAGAUGCUGCAGGUGUUGUCCAUGCAGUUGGUGAAAAUGUUUCAAGUAUUAAGGUUGGCCAAAGGGUGUUCAUGUGUGGUCGAACAUUAGGAGAAUAUGGUACAUAUGCUGAAUACUCACUUGCUGAUGCAAAGGAUGUCUUUGCAUUGGGUGAUAAACUCACCUUUGAUCAAGGAGCUGCUUUGGGAGUGCCAUAUUUUACAGCAUACAGAGCUUUGGUCUUAAAAGCUAGAUGUGCUACUGGAGAGUUAGCAUUUAUACAUGGUGCUAGUGGCGCUGUUGGAUUGGCAUCAGUGCAACUGGCUAAAAGCAGAGGCUUGAAAGUGAUUGGUACUGCUAGUACUGUAGAAGGACAAGAACUAGUCAAAAGUGCUGGUGCUGAUUUUGUUGUGAACCACUAUGAGAAGAACUACUUGGAUAAAAUUAUGGAAAUAUCUGAAAAUAAAGGUGUGGACAUUGUGGUAGAAAUGUUAGCUAAUGUGAACCUGGACAAGGACUUGGAUAUUAUUGGUGCUAGAGGUCGUAUUGUAAUAGUUGGAAGCAGAGGUGAAACGGUAAUCGAUCCCAGAAAAAUGAUGGGCCCUGAAAUUCAAGUUACAGGAGUUGCAUUGAUGAGCAGUACUGAGGAAGAGUGGAAAACAACUGCAGAGAGUAUUGUGAAAGGAAUAAAUCAAGGUUGGGUCAACCCGAUCAUCGACAAAAGAUAUCCAUUGGAGAAAGCUGCAGAAGCACACAAAGAUGUCAUGAAAAAAUCUGGGGCAAAAGGGAAGAUAGUUCUUACCAUAGAAGAAUAAUACUGACCAAAGGUGCUGUGGACUGUCAUAUCCGUUGUCAUAUGGCUCUCUUCUGUCAUAAGUGGAAUAGCUAUUUCUUCCAUUGCCGCCACCAUAGCCAUUGACAUUGAAGCUGUCGCUUCCACACUGCCAGGACAUCUCCUGUGCCUU